GGGGGGUUGCGUUACGCUAGGCAAGUGCUCAGCUGCUGGCGCUUUGAUCGGAAAUGAGGCGGUCUAAACCCUCUGGUGCACAGGGAAGAAAACAGAAAGCAACAAAUUAAAAGAAAGCCCAGUGAGGGAAGAUCAUGAAGAAACUCCUGGAAAAUUUGGGUUUGGCAGAGUGUUAUGGCAAGAAACUCACUCUCCACAGAGUGCUGCAGAUCAACAAGAAGAGUGUGACAGAUGUGCCUGCCCAGUCCCUUUCAGAUCUGCCAUGGCUGUUCUUGAAGAGACUGAUGUUGCUACAAAGGACAGCGAGGAUUGUUAAGUGUUCCUCAAUAGAUGAGGCAGAAGUUUCAGGGUGGGAUGAUGAUCAGGAUAGUGCUGAGUCAGACUGUCCUCAGUCAGUAAACCCUUUAGACGUUUUGACUGCUGUGUUUCUUUGUUCUGACAGUUUUCUUCAGCAGGAAAUGAUCAUGAAAAUGUCCAUGUGUCAGUUUGCGAUUCCUCUGCUGCUUCCAAACAGUGAUAACAAUCAGAUCACGCUUAUGCUUUGGGCAAUGAGAGAUAUUGUGAAAAAAUACAGACCACACUCCCUGUCAGAUCCAACUGGAUUUGUGGAAGAAAGGAUUGUUCUCUCAAAACUACCAUUAGUGUCUUUUGUGAGACUUGGCAGGUGCAACAUAUCCAAAUCAGAAAUUUUGAAUAAAGUGCUCAGCAAUUCACAACAGUACACCGAUACCUUUGUGCACUUCAACAUGAGUUGUGGAAACAUCAAGAAGAAAAUAUCAAAUGGCUUGGUUGAGUUGGCUUGGUAUCUUCCUUGUGGAAAUGAAAACAUUGAUGUCUUUCCAGAGCCAAUAGCAAUUGCAAACUUGAGAGGUGACAUCCAGGACUUUGAAACACAGUUCUCUUUUCUUUGUGAGGCUUCAACUGCUGUGUUUGUGUUCUUUGAAUCCCAGUUUUUAGAUACACAGUUAAUUUCAGUGCCCAGUCAGAAACCUACGCCUCAGCUAUUUUUUGUGGGAGACUCCAACAACAACAGCAUAAAAGCUACAGUCGACAAGCUCAAUCUAAAGAAAAGCAAUUUCAUCUUUAAAGCCAGCCAAAAUGAUGCAGACUUCAUUCACAAAAUUCAGAGCAAGUUGCAAGACACAAUUAAUAACAAUAAUCACAAAACCUCAGUUGUUCGUUUAGCUGAGAUUGCACGAAAUCUGGGAAUCUCGGUGGACGAGGAUGGUGAAGGAUGUCAGUGUGCAAAAAAAAGUGCAGAUGAAAUCACAUCAAAAAUAAAGGAUAUAGUGCAGUUCAAGAAGGAGGAGCUGCCCUUGCAAGGAGAGAUCUUGAUGAAACUGGCCAAGUUAGAGAAGGAGGAAUGCAGACUGAAGAACAUUGAUGAUAAGAAGAUUGAUGACUACAAAAAUGAACUUCAGAUGCAGAAAAAGAAACUCAGAGAAGAGCAAUGCAGCAAAGACAUGUCUCCCACUAUGAGCUGCUUCAUCAGUGCAAUAUCAACACCAGAAAGGGCCUACUUCUUAAAAUGGUUGAGAAUCACCCUAGAGAAUCGAUCCCAUGAAAUACUGCCUAAACUCAGAGAACAGUACAAACAGAAAUGUAAAGAUGUUUGUGGAAACAAGGCAGAAAUUGCUGAGCUUGAUAAAAAGAUUUCAAACAGUUCUUUAGGAGUGGAGCACUUCAUUCGAGAGAUGAGCCAGCUUUACGAGGCUGCAGUCUCGCUUCCAGAAGAUGCACUUUACCGAAAACAGCUGGAAACCUUACCUAGACUCUGUGCUGAACUACUAUUGGAUGGAUUUUCACUUGAACUAGUGGAUGGAGAUUCUUCAAAUAUCCCUGCAAAAUGGCUUUCUGGUGUGUUUUCCGAGUUAAACACACGGGUGGAGUCCAAAAACAGGAUUAAGGUUUUGACAGUUUUGGGCGUCCAGAGUUCAGGAAAGUCAACGCUGCUGAACACCAUGUUUGGAGUUCAGUUCGCUGUAAGCAGUGGAAGGUGCACCAGGGGAGCCUUUAUGCAGCUUAUCAAAGUAGCAGAUGAUCGCCAAGCAGAACUCAAAUGUGAUUAUAUAGUGAUAAUUGACACCGAAGGACUGAAAUCCCCUGAGCUCGCACAACUGGACAACAGCUAUGAACACGACAAUGAGUUGGCAACUCUUGUUGUUGGACUGAGUGAUGUGACAAUUGUCAACAUUGCCAUGGAGAAUUCAACAGAGAUGAAAGACAUUUUACAGAUCAUUGUUCAUGCCUUCCUCAGGAUGAAGGAGAUAGGAAAGAAACACACGUGUUUGUUUGUACACCAGAAUGUUGCUGAUGUCUCGGCUCAUGAUUCAAACAUGAGAGACCGUAAAUUUCUGUUGGAACAGCUGGAUGAAAUGACACAAGCUGCAGCCAAAAUGGAGAACAAACAGAAAUUCAGCAAAUUUACACAUGUGAUGAACUAUGACACUGUGACGGGUGACCACUACAUCCCUGGAUUGUGGCAUGGAAACCCCCCAAUGGCACCAGUGAGUAUUGGCUAUAGUGAGUCUGUGUAUGAUCUCAAAAAGCAUAUAAUGGAAAUCUUCAAAGGUUACGAGUCCUACAACAUCAAUGAAUUUCUUAAAUGGACCAAAGACUUGUGGACUGCUGUGAAAUAUGAGAAAUUCAUCUUCAGUUUCAGAAAUAGUCUGGUGGCUGAUGCAUACAUGAAACUGUGCACAGAGUACAACAGAUGGGACUGGACACUGAGAAAGCAAAUGCACACAUGGGCGUUAGAAGCUGAAACCAAGAUCUUAAACCACGGAAAAUUUGAAACCUCUGAGAAGUGCAGUGUUGAAGAUGUGCGUUAUCGUUUACUACAGGAAACAGAAGAUAAGCUUUCAGAAGGACAAAAUGAAAUUAAUGACAAGAUCAAAUCAUACUAUGAACAAGGAGAAGGUCAUGUUGAACUAGUGGAAAAUUAUCGACACGACUUUAUAAACUCUGCCAUGUCUUUGAAGAAGGAACUUUCAAAUUCGGUCAGAAGCAAACUGGAUGCCGCUGUUUCACGUCGAAAUGGAAUGAUCAAAGUGGAAGGAAUCAAAAAGACAUACAUGGACACAAUGGAGGAAAAAGUGCUAAAAUUGCUGAAAAAAUGUCGUGAGAAGAAGUCAGACAUGUCAGACUCCAUGCUGGAUGAAGCUUUUGAAAACAUGUGGCAGGAGACUGUCAGGACACUGCCAGACACAGGACUCGAACAUCAAGAUAUCAGGACAAGAGUUUUACGUCAUUUGAUGAUAAAUCUUGAAUCUAGAGGAAGUUCAAUGGCUCAACGCUUAGAUGAAGUGAAAGAUUUAAACAGCCAUGGCCAUGGAAAGUUUAUUGCCUACAAAGGUAACUUUAUUUCCAAAAGGGUGCACGCUAAAUGGAUCAAGACAGUUCAAGAGAUGUCAGACAACCUUAUCAGUGAUUGUCAGAAAUUUGCUAAAUUAAAGAGGCAAAGUAAGGAUGAUUAUGAUGACACAUAUAUCAGGGAAAUUCUUAACAUGAUUGAUGAGAAACUUAAGGCUCAUGAAGAUCUUGAGCUAAAGGAAGAUUUUGAGCUGACCCUUAAACUGCACAUAUGUGGCUUUGCAAGCAGAGCAUUUCAAGAGAUUCACAAUCAAUUCAUCAAGGAAAAUAACCCACGAACAGCCUUGGAGAACUUCAAACAAACAUACCGCUCUGACUUCAUUGAUCUUUACCGUGAACGAGACCAGUGUCAGAGGAAAGCUGAUGAAUUCAUGAGAAACUGCCUAGAACCUGCCUUGGAAAGAUGUAUUUCAGAGAACUUGAGCAUGAAAAUGGCAGACAAGAUGGUGACUGGUGAAAACAUAGCAGUUUUCGGAUCAAGAACAACAUUUCAGAUUUCAAUCUUGAAAAAUCUUCUCGAUGAAUCUAAAUUUGAAACAUAUUUGUAUUUCAUCUCGUCAUAUGAAACAUUUGUUAAAGCCUUUAUUUUGGACAAAAUCAAAAAGCAUUUUUCAGCAGAGAACAGAAUGGUCACAAUGGAGGAGAACCUCGUCAAUGAAGUCAUCAGUGAAAUCAAACAGGCCAUUGAAAAGGCAGAGCGAGACCCAAAGAUAAAUGACAUCAAGGUUUUUUUUGAGAACAUUUGUAGUGAACUUGCAAAAAGGCUUGUUUUUCCCAAGGACGCAGUGGACAAAAUCAGCACACUGAACAAUGCAAAUCCCCAAAAAAUUGCAGAAUGCCUUCAAUGUUCUGUAAUGGACAUGGAUAAAUCACUGAAAGCAAGUUUCCAAGCAAGAGAUUUUCAAAGCAAAAUAGAUUGUCUUCAAACCAAACCACAGGAUCUGCUGUUCAAACGAGUGCAUGGCUGUGGGAAACAGUGUCCAUUCUGUAAAGCACCAUGUGAGGCUGGAGGAGACGCUCACACUAAACACUUUGUCUCAAUGCACAGACCAGAAGGUCUCGGCCGCUGCAGAUGGGAUGAUUCUAAAAAACUAGUGACCGACAUCUGCUCUUCUUCAGUGUGCAGCAACUCAAGGUUUAAGUGCCAAGACACCAAGGAUCAGUGGCAUCCAUAUAAAGAAUACAGCAAAAUCUAUCCAGACUGGCGAAUCGAUCCAGACCCCAGCAUAGAGGCCUCAGCAUACUGGAAAUACGUGAUGGCAGAAUUCAAUACGCAGUUUGCAGAGGAGUACAAAGCAAAGCCUGCAGAAAUAACCUGGGGGGAAAUCACAAAGGAGGAUGCAGAGAAAAGCCUAAACAUCAAUUAACUAUCUCUGUCCUCUGUUUAAAUCAGUUUGGUAUGAUGGUAAGAAAACUUAAAAUUCACACCUUAAAAUCCAAGUUUCCGUGAAUAUUAACUAUGACAACAAAUGAAGAAAAAAAAAUCCUGCUGGUUUCAAUAUUAAUCAUAGUAUAUCCUGACUAAUGCAUGAGUGCCAUUAUACAAAAAGUUGCUUGCACUUGCUCUUGCCUGGUAAUAAGAAAACAUGAAGAAUAUA